GCAGCAAUUCCUAUAUGCUUAAGAUGCAUGACGCUAACUAUACAAAUAAGAAGUUGUCGAAUACCGUGCCAUCUCUUUACACUGAAAAUGUCCAGAACUGCUAGAACUGGGCAGAAUAAGUCUGAGUGUUUUACUGAACGUAGAUUAUCUCGUUUGUAUUAUUUGGAAAAGUCUCAAGGUUGUAGAUAUUUUUGUUGACAAUGGAUUCUUCUCCAGAAGAAACUACAGUAGAAUUAGAACAAGUAUUUAUUGUGACACCGACAAGUGAGAGAACUCCUGAUAUUCAGUCGGAAUCAUCAGCAUCAUCACCACCUAAUACACACAACGGCAUAGAAAAAAGUGGACAUCUUUAUUUCAGUAAAAUAAAUCCAAAAGUUUUAGAUCUAAAACAGAAUGGCCGAUUGUAUCUAUCCCCAUCUGACAACUCUGUCGAUUCUGUCGGCCAUUAUAGAAAAGGAGGAUAUUUAUCUCCCCUUGAUACAACCAGUGAUGAUGAAGGUGGAGGGCGGAGAAGACAUAAAAGUGAGGGAUCCGUUCAGGUUGCCCCUGUUAGACCAAAUCAUCUGAUUCCAAACAAGAAAAAUUCUAUGUAUGAAAGUCGUAGUACUAUAAGUGGAGUAAGAUUUGAUGAUCCUUUCAUUGAUGAAAAUGGGCACACAUUGAUGUACUCGAGGCAUGAGAAAGUGCCACUUAAAGAUUUCUCUAUGGAAUACAGAGCGUCUAAAGAUAUAAAGAAAUUUCUUGAUAACUUUGCAUUAAUACUGGAUCUAAAUAAAAAUGGUGUGGAUGAAAUCAUUGAUGACAUCGUCAAGAAAAUAUUAGAAAUGAAUGAGGCCAAAGCUGUUUUUGAUGAGUCUAAGUUAGAGAAGAUAACUUUAGACCAAGUCAGAUCAGCACUUUUUACACAUGACCAAGUACAUAUGUUAAGCAGAACACUACAAUGUACCAGUAUAUCUGUUGGAGGAGGUUUUGACUACGACCAGAACUGGAUUUGUGCAAUGGCAAGUAUCCCAUCCAUACAGACUAGACAUAUUGGAAUAGCACGACUGAAAUAUCCAGCUAAUCUAGGCAUCAGUAGUGAAGAAGUGUACUUUGUUAUUGUAGUUCUCACUCCUAUAAAAGAGAAAGGAACAAAGAAUGAACUGGAAACAGGACGAACGUUUGCUACAUUAUUUUCUGAUGUAUACUUCCGCCUGCAGUUAUUGGGGGCUAACACUGAAGAAGAAUUCAAAAAGUUACUGGAAGAUCAAACUAAAGAAUUAGCAGACAGACAAAGAAUGUCUCACACAGCACAUAAGAUACCAAUACUGGCUAAUGAAAAACCUAGUGAUACAAGAAAAUGUAACUGCAGGCUGUUUCAAGGAAUAAAAGAAGAUUUAAACAGAAGAUUGCCACAUUACAUCUCAGAUUAUACUGAUGGAUUUACUGGUAAUAAAACAAUACAGAAGACGAUAUCUACAACAUUGUUCCUGUAUUUUGCCUGUCUGAUGCCAUCCAUUGCUUUUGGUGUACUGAAUAAUGAAAAUACUAAUGGUGCUUUAAAUGUGCAGAAAGUGUUGUAUUCCCAGGUAUUUGGUGGUUUGUUCUUUGCUGUAUUCGGAGGAACACCACAAAUUAUACUCCUGACAACAGCCCCUUUGGCUUUGUUUACAAAAAUAAUAUACAGUAUUUGUGAAGACUUUAGUUUGGAAUUUAUGCCUAUGUUUACUUGUGUUGGACUUUGGAAUAGUUUUUUCCUGUUCCUUUAUUCAUCAUUUGGAUUAAGUAAACUUAUGCAGUGGUCAACAAGAUCAUCAGAAGAAAUAUUUGCUUUAUUUAUAUCUAUAGCUUUUAUUGUGGAUGCAUUGAAAAAUACUGCACAAAAUUUUGCCAACCAUUACAACAUUCCAGCAUGUAACAACAGUAGUAGUAUUACUACUAACACUUCAGUUAAUGUUACAACGACGAUAAUCACAGUCUGUGAGAGAGAUGUUAGCUUGUGUUACUUAAUAUUACUCUUAGGAACUCUCUGGUUAGGAGUUACAUUAUACAAUUUUACAAAAACACCAUAUCUUAAUGCAGGAAAGAGAGAACUGCUGGCAGAUUAUUCUCUUCCUGUUUCUGUUAUUAUUAUGAGUGUGUUUGGUGCUUUAGCCUUUAAAGAUGUCACACUGAUAAAGAGUUUCCAGGCAGGACCUUUGAGGUCAGAUAUGUUCCAGUUAAUGCCGUUUUAUAGUCUUCCUGUUGGUGCUGUGUUUGGAGCGAUGGGACUAGGAUUCUGUUUAUCUUUACUGUUCUUCAUGGACCAAAAUAUUACAGCAGCUUUGGUAAAUGGUCCACAGAACAAAAUGAAGAAAGGAACAGCAUAUCAUUGGGAUUUGUUGGUAAUUGGAGUAAUCAAUGUGGUCCUUAGUUUACUGGGAUUUCCAUGGGUACAUGCAGCACUUCCACAUUCACCAUUACAUGUGCAAGCUCUAGCUGAUGUGGAGGAAAGAGUUGAUCAGGGACAUAUUUAUAAAAUACUUGUUAGUGUAAGAGAAACAAGAAUAACAGCAAUAUUUUCCCACAUACUGAUUGGACUCUCCCUACUGAUAACUCCAGUACUAUCUUACAUCCCUACUCCUGUGUUAUAUGGACUGUUCCUGUAUGUUGGAAUAACCUCUCUGUAUGGAAACCAGAUGUUUGAAAGAAUUAUGUUGCUCUUUACUGAACAGAAUGCUUAUCCACCCAACCAUUACAUCAGAAGGGUACCCCAGAGAAUGAUGCAUCUGUUUACAGUACUACAAUUACUACAGCUAUUGGUUUUGUGUGGACUAGGAUUUGCACCGUAUCCAUAUCUGAAAAUGUUCUUCCCAGUUCUAAUAUUUCUGCUGAUUCCUUUGAGACACAAAGUGAUCCCUCAUCUUGUUGACCAGAGAUAUCUGAAAGCUAUGGACAGCCAUUAAACUUUAUAUUCUGUUGAUCAGAAUAUUGACAGAUUAUUAUACUGAUUUUUAUCUUGUUUAUAUACUUGUUGAUGUUAUUUAGUAUUUAGUGUUUUAUUAAUUUUGUAUGCAGUGUGUAGAAGAAUUGAUUUUGUGUCUUAAAGAGUUAUUAGGGUUUUAAACAUUUACAUGUACAUCAAUAUAAAUAGGGAUAAAUGCAAUAUGCACCAUUAUAUGCAACAAAAUUGCUUUGCUUGUUAGGUUUUGUUUUUGUUGAUAUAAAGACUACAUGAAUAUUAGCUCUGAUCUUAAUAUUUUACAGGAGUUAUGUCCCUUUAAAAAACAAAUCCUUUUAGAAAAAUUCACCAAGUGCUCUAAAGGCUUUAUUUCUUGUCAGAAAUUGAUGAAAUUCAUAAGAUGAUAUUUGUAAAGUCAUGAACAAGAUACAAAGAAUAGUGUUAUCAAGUUUUUAAUAGAAGUAAUUAUCUCUGGAAAUAUCAAUACAAUGUAGAAAAUUACAGAUGAAAUAGUGUUGAGACAUUAUGGUGGUGUUGUUGUAGAAGUUAGAAAAUAAAGUACAAGUUUCAGCCCCGGUGCUGGGGAGGAAGUUAUGAAUCAAAUCUACUCUAUCAUCGUAAGAUUGAUUUUCUAGGCACUUCAUAUAUAU